CAUGAGUUCACGGACAACCAGGUCACUUCAGCUGAUGCAUUCGGCAUGGAAUCAUUUGAUGGAGAGCCUCUGGUUGUUAGCGUAAUCGACAGUUUUCGCUCCAAGAUUAUUCAAGUACAUGUAGAAAAGCGGCCGAAUCGCGAGCAUGACAGCCUGUUGCAAGACCCGGAUUCAGAGGAUUACGUAGAUACAAUUCAUUCUGGUAAGGGAAACCUAGAAGAAGACGAUGGUGUAACGAGGAAGAGUAAUUCCGGUGGGGUCUGGUCGCGACUAGCAGAGUGA